AUGGAGUCCAAAUUGCGAUUUAAUAGAUCUUGUAAUCCAUUAAAAAUUGCAAAUCAUAAAAAUAGAUCGGGGUUAAGACGAGCUUCUGUAAAAUUACAAAACUCCUGGAAUCUUAGAAGAUCACAAUCAAUAUCAGGUGAAGAGCUUACUCGAACUAUAUCACAGUUAAGUUUGAACACACAAUUACCUGUAAUAAACGAUGCUUUGGCUUUAUUAAAUAUUUCACCGUUAGAUAGAUUUGCAAUAGAUCGACCAUCUUACUUAAGUGGGAAAUAUAAUGAAAUUUGCUCGAUAUUUGCUAAAUUAUUAGAGCUAGACAAUGUUUCUAAUCAUUACGAAAAUUCUGUUAAUUAUCAUGAAAUUUUGGAGAAUCUUAAAGAUAAAUUUAAAGCAGAGAACACUCCUCAAACGCUAAAAGUACAAAUUCUGACACUUCUGCCAAGUGAUUGGAGUAUUAACAAGAUUUGUGACGUUAUGGGCGCUACAAAGCACAUGGCAAUAUUAUCAAAAUCACUUAAAGAAAGAAAAGGAAUUUUGUCAGAGCCAGAGAAAAAACAAGUGUACAAUUAUAAUUUAUUCAUCAAGUUAUAA